CGUCCUGUUCCUUCUCCUUCGGCCUCAGCAACUUGCCGAAGAGGAAGGAAACACGGUUAAAACCCGCUGGUGGGGCAGGGGAGCGGUGAUGCUGAUGUUCCCCAGCCCCCCGGAGGACGCCUGAGCGCGGCUGCCACAGCGCCUCCCGCCGCUCCCUAGAUAAGGCGGCAGGAGCAUCGCCUGCAGCCCCAGCCCAGAAAGGUCCCGCUCCAGCGAGUCCCGACGCCGAAUCGCACCCUCCCCACCGCCUCGCACCGCUUCUAGCUUCAAAGGGGGAGAAAAGUCCAUUUCAAUGAUGUCAACAGAAUGUGUUCAGCCACUUGAUAUCCCAGAAGACAGACUGGACAAGCGAGAUUCACAAUGUAACCAUUUAGAGGAUCUUUCAGAGCAGCUGAUUAAGAGCUGUGACCUCAAAAAGAAACCAAGAAAAGGUAAAACCAUCCAGGCUUCCCAAAACACUGAACAGGAGCAAAAAAAGCCAAGGAGAAAAGAUACACCGGCUUUUUACACCCCACCACCCCUAACAGGCAUACUUUCAGACUUUUCUGAUAAUCUGCUGAAAAGAUAUGGUAUCACAGAGAAGCCACAGAGAGAGAGAGUGAGUCCAGCCUCUCAGAUCACUGAACUGGAGCAGAAAAAGCCCAGGAGAAAAGAUACACCGGCAAUACACAUCCCACCUUUGAUAAUAGGCACUAAGCUGCUUACAGAAGAAAAGCAAACAGUGAUUAUGGAAGAUGAAGAAAAGGAUGGAGACACAAUCCCCAGUUAAGAUUACAGUGAUAUUUCCAAUAAUGCAGUGUAAAUAAUUCUGGGUCAUUCAAAGUGGCAGCACAUAGAAAAAACAGUCCUUUCAUUUUCAUAAAU